AUGAGCCCUGAGCUGGAUUCGAAGAACCGAGUUCCUGACACAAAGAAUGACGCUGGCGUCGACAUUAUAUCUCGCCAACUCUCGAGCUCCAGCAUAGGGCCUAGUGUGGCAGAGGAAGGGCAUUCGCACUUCCUCGGCCUCUCCGGCACCGAGCUGAAUCUCAUGGUGGCCUUCGCUGCUGGUGUUGGUUUUGUCUUGUUCGGCUAUGACCAGGGUGUCAUGGGCAGUCUGCUGACGCUCCCGGCCUUUUUGCAAAUGUACCCCGAGAUGAAUGGCAACACGAACUCGACGAUGCAGGGCGCUAUUAUUGGCAUCUACGAGAUUGGCUGCUUCAUCGGAGCCAUCUCGUGCCUUUUGUGGGGUAACGCUCUUGGUCGCCGCAAAGUCAUUUGGAUUGGGAGCAUCUUCAUGGCGGUCGGUGCUGUAUUGCAGGUCAUCGGCCAGCAUAUUGCGCUGAUGUGGGUCGGUCGCGUGAUUGCCGGCAUUGGUAACGGGCAGCACACGUCGACGAUUCCCGUGUGGCAGUCUGAGUGUUCGCCGCCGCACCGCCGAGGUAUGCUGAUCAUGAUCGAAGGCUCCUUGAUUGCCUUUGGCAUUAUGGUCUCGUACUGGGUCGACUUUGCACUGUUCUGGGCGGACAAUUCUGCGGGUGUGGACCCGCGGCAGGCCGAGUAUGUGGCCGCGACCUCGCUCGACAGUGUGUCGUGGCGCUUCCCCAUUGCGUUUCAGCUCCUGCUGAUUCUGCCGACCUUUUUGACAAUUUGGCUCCCGGAGAGCCCGCGGUGGCUCCUGCUGCGCGGGCGCGAGACAGAAGCACGCGAGGUUCUCUCGGCGCUGAACAGGAAGGCGCCGCAUGACGAUGCCAUCGACUUGAUUGUGGAGGAGAUCCAAAACAGUCUUGCGAUCUCGCAAGCGACGAAGCUGUCGGACCUGGUGAAGCAGGGGCCGGGCCACAACUUCCACCGCACGGCGCUGGCCUUUGUCAUCCAGAUGUUCCAGCAGAUCAGCGGUAUUAAUUUGAUGUACGUUGUAUCGUCUCACACCAGCACGUAUUACGCCGGCUCUCUCUUCGAGCGCAACCUCGGAUUGGCUGCCGUCGAGUCGCGCAUUCUCGCCGCAUGCAACGGCACAGAGUACUUCCUUGCGUCGGUGGUGGCCAUCUUCACGAUCGAGCGCGUGGGCCGACGCAAGCUCAUGCUGUUUGGCGCGGCCGGCAUGGCCCUUACGAUGGCUGUGCUCACUGGUGUGCUGAGCAAGUCGGCAAUGCAGUAUGAGAUGCAGCCCGUUGAUGCGGAGAUGUGCCGUAUUGCUGGCGGCUCUUGGUGUGACCUCGUGCCUGGCCAUGCCAGGUCAGACCGCAAUGGCUAUGCCGUGGCCGGCGCUGUCAUGCUGUACGUAUCGGCGACUGACAUCAGUUUUGUCUUCAACACAUUCUUCGCCCUAGGCUGGCUUGGCAUGACGUGGCUGUACCCUGCAGAGUGCACGCCGCUGAGCAUUCGUGCCCAAGCGAAUGGCAUUUCUACGAGUGCCAACUGGCUCUUUAAUUUCAUGGUGGUCAUGAUCACGCCCAUUGCCUUCCACAACAUCAACAACUACACCUACCUCAUCUUUUGUGCGAUCAACGCGCUCAUGGUACCAGCCACAUUCUUCAUCUUCCCUGAGACGGCCGGCCGCAGUCUCGAGGAGAUGGACGAGAUCUUUGCGCAGUCCAGUGCUUGGAACCCGUACGAUGUGGUUUGCAAAGAACGUAAAUACCCACGCCGCUAUGACGGCCAAGGCCGCAUGAAAGAAGAGUACAUCAAGGAACACAUUCACGACGCCACAAACACGCCCACGGCGCCCUAG